CACCACAGAAAGGAACCAGGCUUAGAAACGGACCUUCAGAGCUCUGCUCCCUCCAGCACCAUGUCUUACAACUUCUGCCUGCCCAACCUGAGCUUCCGCUCCAGCUGCUCCUCCAGGCCCUGCGUGCCCUCCAGCUGCUGUGGCACCACCCUGCCCGGGGCCUGCAACAUCCCCGCCAACGUGGGCAGCUGCAACUGGUUCUGCGAGGGCUCCUUCAAUGGCAACGAGAAGGAGACCAUGCAGUUCCUGAAUGACCGGCUGGCCAGCUACCUGGAGAAGGUGCGGCAGCUGGAGCGGGAGAAUGCGGAGCUAGAGAGCCGCAUCCUGGAGCGGAGCCAGCAGCAGGAGCCCCUCGUGUGCCCCAACUACCAGUCCUACUUCCAGACCAUCGAGGAGCUCCAGCAGAAGAUCCUGGCCAACAAGGCAGAGAAUGCCAGGCUGGUGGUGCAGAUCGACAAUGCCAAGCUGGCUGCGGACGACUUCAGGACCAAGUACCAGACGGAGCUGGGCUUGAGGCAGCUGGUGGAGUCAGACAUCAAUGGCCUGCGUAGGAUCCUGGAUGAGCUGACCCUGUGCAAGUCCGACCUGGAGGCCCAGGUGGAGUCCCUGAAGGAGGAGCUGAUCUACCUCAAGAGCAACCAUGAGCAGGAAGUCAACACCCUGCGGAGCCAGCUGGGAGAUCGCCUCAACGUGGAGGUGGAUGCCGCCCCCACUGUGGACCUCAACCGCGUGCUCAACGAGACCAGGGCUCAGUACGAGGCCUUGGUGGAGACCAACCGCAGGGACGUGGAGGAAUGGUACAUCAGGCAGACUGAGGAGCUGAACAAGCAGGUGGUGUCCAGCUCAGAGCAGCUGCAGUCCUGCCAGACGGAGAUCAUCGAGCUGAGACGCACGGUCAACGCUCUGGAGGUGGAACUGCAGGCCCAGCACAACCUGAGAGACUCCCUGGAGAACACCCUGACAGAGACGGAGGCCCGCUACAGCUCCCAGCUGGCCCAGGUGCAGGGCCUGAUUGGCAACGUGGAGUCACAGCUGGCAGAGAUCAGGAGUGACCUGGAGCGGCAGAACCAGGAGUACCAGGUGCUGCUGGAUGUGCGGGCCCGGCUGGAGUGUGAGAUCAACACGUACCGGGGACUGCUGGACAGCGAGGACUGCAAGCUGCCCUGCAACCCCUGUGCCACGACCAACGCAUCAUCAAUUGGGUCCUGCAUCACCAAUCCCUGCAACCCCUGUGGCUCCCGCUCCCGCUUUGGGCCCUGCUAGACAGCCAGGGCCAGCAGGAGGACUGUGUGAAGACAGAGGACCGUUGAUGGACCAGCCCUGCUCUCUGACAACCAUCAGCCAUUGGAUAGUACCCCAGUCACCACCAUAAUUCAUAGUCUGGAAAGAGACUGUCCAGGCCCACCUGAUCCUCUUAAUUCAAGGCCAAUUUCUUGUGACCUGAUGGUCUGACAGGUUUGGGCUGGGAAGGUGUCACAUGAGGAGUUUUGUGGUUCUCUCUGCUGCUUUGAUCUGUCUUGUAGUUCCCCAAAUCCCUUUGUUAAUCUCCUAAUAAACUUUCCUCUUGCAAAGCA